UACCCUCCUCAUAAUGAUGUUUCCUUGGAAUUUGUUCUCGCUGAGUUUGGUUGUUCGGUUUCUCACACUCACAGUGUCAGGUGUAGAAAUAUCCGUGUCCCCGACCAGCCUGAAUGAGGGAAGCACUCUGACGAUCACCUGUAGAGAACAGUCACUUUCACAAGAAGAUUUUCUGUAUAAACUAGGUCUACAGAAGGCCAAUGAUGCCGAGGGAUACAACAACCUCCUUGAAUAUAGUCUAAACCUUGAUUCAGGAUACCUGCUUAAAUGGGGAACUACUAUCGGUGAUAUUCAGCAGCGGGCUAAUGUUACCACGUCAUUUGAUGCUGGUGGGUUUUUUGAGCUGAGGAUACAUUCAGUCAGGUGUAGCGAUCCGGCCUCAUUCAGGUGUACCAUGACAUCAAGUGCCAGUGGGACGACUCUGUUUUCAAAUGUACAGAAUGUGUCUAUACAUGGUGUGACACAGAGUAUACAGGUUACAGGUGCUCAGGACUGCAGUACAUUCAUCGAUCCUGACUGUGCAAUGUGUCAGAACUUUGAUGAUAAGUCUGGAAUUCAACCCAAAUACGCCAAGAUGGGACAACCCUUAGAGCUGACCUGUUCUGGACAGCUGGCAACGCCACAGUCCCAGAACAAAGCUAUCUGGUACAAGCAGAAUGUGAAUGACCAACAGAAAGUGAUAAUUACUGUGAACAAAACAGACUUGGUGUAUGAUCCUCCGGCUCCAAAUGCCUGUACGGUUCGCGGAAGCUCCACUCUGACGUAUUACCCUCAGAUCACAGACCGUGAGCUGAGAAUCAGCUGUGAAAUCAGUUCUGGCAGCUCAGUUGAUACAGUCAGUGAUGAAAUGUCCAUCUGUGUUGAAGAUGUGACAUUCAGACCAACCCCUUCUGGGCCAGAUAAAUGUACAGAACUUCUGUAUAUGUAUUUCGUCGGAGCGAAAGCACUUGGCGAAGUUGUAAAUGGCUGUCCACCUGUCUGCCAGUUAUGUGAUAACAUGGCCGAGGUCAGUAAGCGGUUUGGAGGAGGAGAUAUUGCCGGGGCCGUACUGGGAGGAGCGUGCGGAGGAGCUCUGAUGGCUCUUCUCUUCACCUUCAUCAUACUCCACUGUACCGGUUACACACUCACAGGUUCAAAGGAGAACCGUGUGACAGAAGCAAGAAGGUAUGUCCAGCAGAGCCACCCGCCAAGACAACACCACUCAGAUCCAACAGUGACUCAAGAACCAGAAAGAGACGCAACCAUCAAUGAAGAUCCUAGCUGCGCAAUGGCAGAAGUGUCACCAGACUACUAUAAUGUUCAACAAGAUUCCACAGUCAAUGCCCCAUACCAGAUGAUAGAUCAUGCAGCUCAGUCCGCGCCAGCGCUGUAUGAAAGGAUGAACCCCACAAAUAACAAUGAUGGUGCCUAUGUUCAGCCUCGGAUGUGACCAGAGUAGCAACAGACGUCAUCUCUAUGACGUGUCCAGGAUCAACGUCACUGUGGACGCUUUAUGGGAUAUUAACAAUAUAUAAAUGUAGAUGUAAAUAAGAUGAUAUAUCCUGCAAAAUAUAGUUGCUAUAUAAAGUGAAGGAAUAUCUUUUUUGUAUUUGCUUUUCCUCUUGUUAAUUUUUAAUAAAUGAGAUUAGGUAAUAAUUUUUCAAUCUGUAUAACAUUUCUUGAAAUCUGUAUGAAUAUUGCUAUGUUAAUAUUGCAGCCGUUAACUUUAUUUAUCAUACUGUAAAACUGUAAUUGGCGAACAAUAGUGGGAUUUUUGUGCCCGCAAACUCAAGGCUUUUAUGUGAGUUGCCUCUGAUUCGUGUGAGAUGCCCCUUUCAAUAUCCCCACGCGCAGGCCCACCUCUGAUCCUUGGUUACGUGUCCACAUAAACACCAUCAAGCGCAAAACCACAUCUCAUCCCUGAUUACAUGCCCACAUGAAUAUCACCAAGCGCAAAUACACCUCUGAUCCCUGGCUAGGUGCCCACAUAAACAUCAUCAAGCGCAAACCCACAUCUGAUACUUGGUUAGAUGCCCUCAUGAAUAUCAUCAAGCGCAAACCCACAUCUGAUCCCCGAUUAGGUGCCUACAUAAACAUCAUCAAGCGCAAAACCACCUCUGAUACCUGGUUAGGUGAUCACAUAAAUAUAACCAGAAUUUCUCUCUUUUGACAACUUACUGGAAUCCACUUUCCAACUGAAACUUUAUUGUGCACCUGUCACAGAAUAUAUGCUUCAGUCUUAUGUUUGUUUUCCGCCUGGGAUAAUUUUAAUUCAUCUAUGAAUGCAUAUAUUUUCUUUUCCGAACACAGUUAAAAAUAAUUUUAAUUCGCCAUGGGAACAGCUUCUUCCCGCUUCCCAAACUGAUUUCUCAUCCUUUUCUGAAAAUAAAUUUCUACAUGCGCCUUCUAAUCAGUUUCGGUCUGAAACGAAGAUCUUCUUAACCCAUCCUGUUGUUAUUUCCGUCUUAUCUACAAAAAGAGGGCAACCUGCAUAGAAGAAAACUAAACGUGGAGAAAACGGUGUGAUAUAUUCGCUUUUACGACCCAAACUGUCUGUAUUAUAAAGAGAUGGCUUGUUCGAAAUACACGGCAGCUUAGCCGCACAAAAAAGUAACCAAAACCAGCAGAUUUUAUUUUACAACAAUUUAUUAGGUUUAACAAGAACAGAUCACAAGACUUUUACAAAUACUAAAGUACUUAAGUUUAACAAGAAAGGAUAGCAGUAUCUGUACAAAUACUAAAGUACUUACAUGUACAACAGUGUCAAGUCCAAACGGACGCAUAUAUUCCACAAUGCAUCAAUAUACACAGAGGCAAUAUUCAAAACAGGAAAAAUCCACAGUAUAACCUAGUGUAUGACGAAAUAUACACAAAAUUCCACACACAGGGUCCGUGUACUAAUAAGCACUGUGUACACAAGAGCACAAAUUAAAUAUACAAGUUCAGACUGGACAAGUGCUCGGUGGAGAUAGGAUAUAACAAAGCCAGAGGCUAUAAGAGACACCAAAAUUCAACACAAAAUGCCUACUAAGGUAACACACAGUGAAAGCAUCCAAAACUCUCAAUAAUUCUCCUUUCUCCCCUCUUUGACCUGCUUUCAUAGGUCUUAUAUAGACUGGUGGAAUUUUCUAGAAUAAGAAAAUUCCUGAACACUUGUUGUAAACAAACAGGCCCCGAACUGAGCGUAUUCUGGAACAUUCUAAGGUAGAGGCAGACAGCAGGCCCUGAACUCAGCAUAUGUAAACAGUGGCAAGCUAAAUUUAGAAGCUGACGGCAGUUGUUCACAUAACAUCGCUUACACGAAGGGGGGGGGGGGGGGGGCUGUAUUCAGUGAGAGGGUGAAGCUGUAUUCAAUGAGAUUAAAAUCGAUUGGUUUACUGAUUGUGAUUGCUGAGGAAAUUGCCAUGCUGGAAAAUGGGCGCUCCAUGUCGUACAGGUUUAUGUAAGCUUACUUUGAAAUGUUCUUUUUUAACAUAAUAUGGUAACGUAAUUUCUGUGCGGAAGAAAUAGAUUUUAUUCGCGGGAUAAAGUGAUUUUCUGUUAAGGAUUUUUUGUAAUUUUUAAUUAAAUCUGGUACAACGAAGAACCUUGAAAAAUACCAAAGAACAAUGGAAGUGUAUUGAAUUCAAUGCCAUUUAGAACAUGGUAAUAAUUUUCUCCUGUUGUAUUCGCUAUACAAUGGAUCAAAACGAAUGGUAAAUAUACUUUGCCAUCCGUUCAAACAAAAGAAAAGUGGUGGAAUUGUCAGCUUUGUUUGUUAUAAAACUUUUUUAUUUUGAACGACAACCUAACUUUCGUAACUUAUUACAUGUUUAUACAACGGUUUGUACGUGUUAACAAGGUCUUCAUCUACUGCGAAAAACAUCACACGAGAAAUGUCGACGCCUUGUUGCCACUCAGACCCCACCAACAUGCAGUGAGAACGGCGAAAUCUACAAUUUCCCUGCCCAAGGUGUUUGCCCUGUGGCCAUUCUUUCUAAAUCUGGAGUGGUUUUAGUUGAAUUGUAGCUCCAAGUUUUCGAAAGGUGAACUCCCUGUUAGGAUAAAACUGUUUCUGGGCAUUACAUGUGUUAAUACUGUACUAGUGGCUACUGCAGUAAGACUGUCGUCAGGUUUUCAUGGAAAUCACUAGCGUGUUUCAGACAUCUUAGCGGUAUCAAUAGAGACGGCCAAUCUCUGUAAAUAUUA